AUGGGCGUCCUCAUUGUGGGUAUCCUCAUUAUGGGCGUCCCUCAGUGUGGGUGUCCUCAGUAUGGGAGUCCCUCAGUGUGGAGUGCCCUCAGUAUGGGCGUCCCUCAUUGUGGGUGUCCCUCAGUAUGGGCGUCCUCAUUGUGGGUGUCCCUCAGCAUGGGCGUCCCUCAUUGUGGGUAUCCCUCAGUAUGGGCGUCCUCAGUGUGGGUGUCCUCAGUAUGGGCGUCCUCAUUGUGGGUGUCCUCAGUAUGGGCGUCCUCAUUGUGGGUGUCCCUCAACAUGGGCGUCCCUCAGUGUUGGUGUCCCUCAGUAUGGGCGUCCCUCAUUGUGGGUGUCCCUCAGUAUGGGCGACCCUCAUUGUGGGUAUCCCUCAGCAUGGGCGUCCCUCAGUGUUGGUGUCCCUCAGUAUGGGCGUCCCUCAGUGUGGGUGUCCUCAGUAUGGGCGUCCCUCAUUGUGGGUGUCUCAGUAUGGGCGUCUCUCAGUGUGGGUGUCCUCAGUAUGGGCGUCCCUCAUUGUGGGUGUCCUCAGUAUGGGCGACCCUUAGUGUUGGUGUCCUCAGUAUGGGCGUCCUCAGUGUGGGUGUCCCUCAGUGUGGGUGUCCCUCAGUAUGGGCGUCCCUCAUUGUGGGUGUCCUCAGUAUGGGCGUCCCUCAGCAUGGGCGUCCCUCAUGGGCGUCCCUAGUGUGGGUGUCCCUCAGUGUGGGUAUCCCUCAGUAUGGGCGUCCCUCAGUGUGGGUGUCCCUCAGUAUGGGCGGCCCCUCAGUAUGGGUAACCCUCAGCAUGGGCGUCCUCAUUGUGGGUGUCCCUCAUUGUGGGUGUCCUCAGUAUGGGUGA